UCUUUUCUUGUUUCAUGCUGUAUUUUCGUGUUUAUGAAACUUCCCGACGAAAGUUGGAGAUUUCGGUAGUUUAAGUAGUUGUUUUGCCGUUUUGGCGACAGUAGAAUGAUGCGUGAAAGUACAGGGAAAAUUCGGGCCAAAAGGACGAGAGGGCCGAAACCUUAUGAAAGAACAAAGUCGUUACUGGAGAGGGUGACGAGCACAGUGAAGUCCUUGCUGGUUCCUUCAUGGCUAUCUGGUGAGGGCUACAGUGGAUCCACUUUCGAUGAUAAUAACGAAGAAGAUGACAUAGUGGAGCUAGAAGACAACCACUAUCCACACGGGUAUCAGAUAGCGCAAGAUGACCAGGUGACAUCACCGUCUUUUGGUACAUCUCUCAUGGAUGGACCAUCACGUCCUAGGAUAUACUCGAGCCCGGCUGACACACAGAUCGCUUCCCUCAGAGAAGGGAGAGGCUUUUUGAAGAGUUCUGCCAAUGACAAUGGGUCAACGCUAAAAUUGCGAGAUCAUGAACGCACUAGCUCCGUUCCAACGUCAUACAAUUGCGGACCUGUGUUAAACCAGCGGGCUCGCGGUGCUAGACACAGUUUAAGGCUGGACAGACAUUUAGACACUGAAACACCAAAGAUCGGUAAUCCGAAUCAGGUAACGGGUGACGGAUUCAGAAGUCUGCCAUUCUCUGAGUAUUCGUCAUCAAAGGGAGAGCCACUAGUAAGAUCAUAUGCACACAGCGACAAAUACCAGGUGGCUGGCCAGGCUCCUGCAUCGUCACUGGAAACUGAGCCGGCACCUAUUAAUGUGGAUGAUACGGACAGAGUGACAGAGUCUGACUUGGCCGAGGAAGAAGGUGAGACAGACUCUGAUGCGUCAACAAGUGGUUGCUCCUCGCUUAAGCCGGACAGGGAGAAGAUGGAGGCAGCUCUAUCUGAGUCGUUACCUCUCACUAGAGACUCAUUGAGGAAGCUUACAGGAAACCUUAGUAGUGUCGCUAACACCAGUGGGAGAAGGGUGUCUGACAACAUGGAGACAGCUCAUGCAUCGUCACGGCAGUCGUCCCUGUGGUCGGUCAUGCCGCAGCUGAGUGAGUCACGUCCGCAGUCUGUCGCCAGCAGCAGCACCAGCUUUCGCAGACAGUCGUUCAACUCUUCCAUCUUUGGCUCCGCUGUCGGGAGGGACCCGGUGUCAAUGUAUGGAACUGGGGUUCUAGAAUCACCGUUCUAUCCUGGAAAAACGUCAUAUGGUGGUGCUUCCACAUUUAGAAGAGGAAAGCUUGUGUCGGAUCCUUACCAGUCUGCUUCACGAUCAGCCAUCAAGGUGAAUGCUAGGAACAGCACCGGUACAGGUUACGGGGUCACCAGCUCUACGGCUCGUAAAAUCCUUGACACCCUAGAGAGAAUGUCAACGCCAUUGAAUGAUACCAAGAAAAUACCACUUCCAUCAAAUGAUCUUGAUGCCACUGCCUUAACACCACUCUCUUAUACUCCUAGCAGUACUCUGCGAAGGUUGCGGCUUCAUGGUCACACACCUUCCAAGCGAAGCAUCGACGUGAGGAGGGGACCGCCUGCUGCAAAGCUGAACUCUCCCCGGCCGGCGUCCAUCGCAACGAACCGCAGAAGCCUGCUGCUGAAGAACACCUCCGCCGAGAGAGAGGCAGAAGCCGCGAAAGCUGCAGUGCGUGACGAUGGGUUGGCAUGUGAAAGCAGAGCGGCCGGUGGUAAGAUGAAGCGACCACGCACAAGCCACCACGCGACGGUGCAGAGGGACGAGGAGACGACAGAAGCGGAUGUGGAAACACCAGACUUCUCACAAAACAUUGGACUGGAGCUCAACAGCAUGCCACAGUUUAACUUUUCAACGCCCAUCCUACCAGUCGAGAGUUCUGCUACACCUGUCUCUCACUCGAGAAAAGUUCGAUCUGACAAUCCUGCGGAACAGAAUGCAGUCACGUCUGCUGGUUUAAGGCCACAGAAGUUUACCUUCUCCAGUCCCAUCCAGCAAGCACCUGUCAGCAAAAACCUAAGAGGGGAAGGAAAUCAGGGCAUGUUUAAGUUCAGCUCACCUGUCUCAGUCACGACAGAAGACGCGAAGAAGGAAACACCUGAACAUACAUUCCAGUUCGGAACUGGCUCCAGGAGAUCGAGUGACAAAUCAGGCUUUCAGUUUGUCAGCCCAUCAUCGUCUGCUCCAAGCACAAAGUCAGACACCUCACCAGUGGCAGGUGUCUUGAAAUCUGGGAGUGUCUUGGAGGCUCUAGGCAAGCGUGGUAUGAGCCCUGCACAGCAGGAUGUGGAUAAUGAAAGCGGGGCACUGAAGCCAGCAGCAGAACUAAUGAGAGGCAGUGUGAUGGACAUUCUAGGAAAUGGUGGGCGGACUGUGCCACUCUCUGCCAAAGCGUUCAAGACGACCAACAGUUGGAGCUGCCCCACUUGCUUGAUUAACAACAAGGAGAAGGACAGCGAGUGUGCUGCCUGCAAGACUGCCAAGCCGGUCGCCAGCGCUGUGCCGGAUACCAAUACCACCACAGAGGGCGCCAGGAACGCUGGGUGGUCGUCGCAGUUCAAGCCAGCAGCCGACAGCUGGCCUUGUCCGACCUGCUUGAUCAACAACAAGAACUCUGAUGCAAGGUGUGUCGCAUGUCAGACACAGAAACCUGGAGGUGGCACGGCAUCUACCAGUUCUAGCGGGUUUUCACCGGUGAGCUACAAGAGAGACGAUAUUCGCGAGGCGUCGGGAUCGGACAGGAAGUCAGGCCGAGAGGAUGCUGUCGCUGGUUUCGGCGACAGAUUUAAGCAACCCACGGGAAACUGGUCGUGUUCUGUUUGCAUGGUCAGCAACAGUGUCACGGCUGACAAGUGCUUAGCUUGUGAAACACCUAAAUCAGGUGCCAGUGGUGUCAAGUCAGGAUUUGGUGACAAGUUUAAGGUAGUCAGUGGAAACUGGGAGUGUGACACAUGCAUGGUUAGAAACAAGGGUGAAGCAAGCAAGUGCAUUGCUUGUACUACUCCACGACCUGGCAGCCAAGCUAUAGUUGCACCGUCGUCGAGUUUAGGGAGUUCGGUCUCGAUCGGAGCCGGUGGAUUCACGUUUGGUGGUGCCAGUAAAAGCGCAGAGCCCGCGGCAGCAUCUACUUUCAAACUGACGACGUCGUCGCCGUCGUCGCGCGAGUUUGGCUCGGGAGGAUUCGCGUUGGGAGGAGACAGCGAUAAGGUUGAUGAGAAGUCCGUAUCCAAGCCGACGUUUACAUUCGGUGCGCCGACGACGACGACGACUGCCUCCGCAUCUACUGCUGCUGCUCCUGCUGUCGGCGGUUUCAAAUUUGGUGCGGAAAAAGACAAUAAGGCGCCUGCCGUGCCAACUAAACCAGGAGGCUUCAGUUUUGGCAAUAACCCUGUAGUGGUCGACGCUCCGGGAGGAGCGUCUGCCGUCCCUGCAGCGACUCCCGCUGCAGUUAAGUUUGACUUUGCUGCGACGGAGACCCAGAAGGCGACCCUGUUUUCGGUCGCCCCGACGCAAAAAUCGGACGUUGUGGCGACAAGUGCCGACAGCUCUAAAUCUGCAAGCGCAGCCACGUAUUCCUUCGGCGCGAUUGCUGCUAAGCCGGCAGCAGCGGUGACGACGUCUGGAGCCGGUGAGAAGGCGGCGUUCGCUGGUGCUAGCACCGCUAAGCCGGGCGGUUUCUCCUUCGGUAAUGCGGCAGAACCGGCCAGUGCAAUUCCCUUGGUGUCGGGAGUGUUCGGCCAGGCGUCGGCGAGUAAACCGACCGUGAACUUUGCUUUUGGGAACUCCGGUACGAACACUACGUCGUCAGCCGAUAACAAGCCCAGCUUCACCUUUGGUAAGCCAGCGGAGGCCGGCGGCAAGACGGACAAGUCUGCUUUUGGCUUUGAGAAGUCAGCUAGCACGCAGGGAUCUAGCGCGGCGGCCGCGGCCGCGCCACAAGUUAGCAAAUCAGGCGGCUUCAUGUUUGGACAGUCCGCCGACAGCAGCAAGCAGUCGUUUGCGUUUGGGCAGCCGGCAGCAGCAGUAGCUCCUACCCAGCCGGUGUUUUCGUUUGGACAGUCGGCGACGGUGAAACCCAAUACAGGCUUUGUACCCUCACCAUCCUCAAAGAGGCAAAACGAUGAUACGGAAGGUGCUGCAGGAGGAAAGAAGACAUUCCAAUUCAAUGCUGUUCCCACAGCGGCUUCCAACCCCCUCUCCUUUGGGCAGAGUACGACAACAAGUGUCGCUACUACCUUGGCUUUUGGGCAAGCUGCUACAACUAGUGCUGUUACCCCCUUGGCUUUUGGGCAAGGUACCUCAACAAGUUCAGCUGCUCCUCUGGCAUUUGGACAGAGUGCCACAACAAGUGCUGCUGCUCCUCUCGCUUUUGGACAACCUACAUCAACCACCGCGCCGUCUAGUGCCUCAUUUGCCUUUAACGCAACCACACAAGCUCAAGCACCCACGUCAAGCUUCGUGUUUGGUGCACCUACGGCCCCCACCUUUCCUUCGUCGAGGCAGCCCCCGGGCUUUGGCUCGACCACGCCCGCGUUUGGUGCAGGGUCAUCAGCCGCUUCCACUCCAGCAUUCGGCUCUACCGCCCCCACGUUCGGUUCCACAGCAGCGUUUAACACACCUGCAGCACCAGCAGCAGCACCUGCACCUGCAUUUGGUAGCAGUGCAGUGACGUCUCCACCGUCAUUUGGAAGUGCUGCUGGUGGUGGAUUCAACUUUAAUGCAGUGCCUAAUCUGCAGUUUGGAGCGACGGCUCAGCCUGCAGCAGCCCCGUUCGCAUUCAAUCAAGCGGCAGCGGCUGCCCCAGCACCGGCACCGAGUGCUGGAUUCGACUUCAGCCAGUCUUCAGCCCCUGGAGCCGGAGCAGGAGCAGCAGCAGGAGGAGGCGGUUUCAAUUUUGGUGGACCAAACCCUACAUUUAACUUCAGUGCGGGUCCCACUCAGCAAUCCGGCGUGGCUGCUCGCAAGAUAAAGAGGGCUGUACGGCGAACGGCAAGGAAGUGAGCGAGGAGGAAAGUUUGUUUGUGGAGUUUUUACAAUCGGCCAGGAGAGACCCGACAAGAUACAUGGGAAAUCAGCCUGUUACAGCCGAUCACAGUCGUGCUGCAUCACCAUCCCACCAAUAUAUCGCCUAACUUCCAUCCCAACUCAUCUUCGAUGAGUUGUAGUCUACUGGUAGGCAUGCAGCUUCUCACGGUCGCUUCUCACACGUUAUUACCUGACGAUAAAUGUUGCGAAGUAGGCGGUAAUCUACCUCAAGGUGUUGGUCAGCAUCAGUGAGCACAGCCGCUCAGUAAAGCGAAGAUUACACCAAGUUAAAAUAUGAUGUCUUCUGAGGAUAUGUUUUAUUCUUUGAAAAGUUUCACCGAAAAUAUCCUUCGAUGUUAGCAUUCUAACCGAAUAUACGUCGUAUUAAUACUUGAAGGCUUUGCUGUCAAAUGAGGGCAUAGUGUGGUGUAACCUUCCAGCCCGUCAAUGUUUUAUAUGUGCAUGCUAUCAUCCGAUGUGUGUUGCAAAUUUAAAAUGUAGCUACAAAAUGCACAACAAACUUUCAUAUAGAGAUACAUGCUGGCUGUGUUGUCUGUUGGGUCUCUCUGGACCUAACUGGCAUGAAAGUUAUCAAUCUGCCAAACUGCCUGGAAUAGUUCUUGUACUGGACUUGUGUUACAGUGAAGUGUGCAUGAAUGUGUGUAUGCAUGUGCGUGUGUGUAUAUAUAUAUAGCUAACAGUAAUGUUAGGAAAAUAAAGGGGAAUAAACAAUAUCCAGCCUACUAGUUGUAGUUUGGAAACCUGACAGUGGCAAGAGUUGCUAUGGUAAACAAGUCAUUACUAUGGCAACUAUAAAACAUUGAUAAUAAUUGUUUAUUUUUUUGAAAAUUGCAGUCUCACUCUUGUUUUUUGUACAAAAGUGACGUGAAUGUUUUGUGCAAAUAUAUAAAAUUCUGAGAGGUAUGGUGUGAAAAUGUGAUUGAAAGUGUGGCACUAAUUAUUGUGAGAGGAUACUUAAAUUAAACAUGUAAGAAAGUGGUGAGGUGGGUGAGAGAUUCUAUGAUAAGAAUGCAGUGUUAUUGCGUGUUGUGCCCUGUGCCCAUUUCCUCCUCCCUCUGGAACUGCUGUGUGCCAGCAUCAUACGUGUUCCCCAUCUCGUUGGAUGUGGUAUCACGUAUGUGCUUGGCAAGGGCCAAUAACGGUUGUAUUUAUCUUGGCCUGUGUAGUGCUCAUCGGCCCCCUAGCACAGCAUUCCAGUAGAGGGCAUGUGCGGCGCAUAUUUUCUACCACUUUAAACAACUGUGAUGCCUAAGAGCGCAUUUUGAUAUAAUUUAGCCUAGUAACCUGCGCAACUAUUUGAGGUUGUCGUCUCUCAAGAGUGAGGCUGCAUGAAACACGAUGUAAUUUAAUUGCAUAGACUGCCACCUUACCCAGUGUUGCUAACACCUGCUCUGGGCUGACAACUGGGAAAGGUGUCAAAGGCAGUCGUGUAGUAUUUCUGUAUGAUAGUAUGCAUAUGUCGUAUACAUUGCUUUGCUUGUGUAAUGAAUGCCUGGGUGUUGGGAUUCGAGCAGGAGUCUUGCCAGGUAACCAGUGGUUAAUGAACUAUGGUUGGCGCUUUGUUAUUAAAUUCCACUUCUUGCAGUUGCAGUUUUGGUAGAGCCACGUUUUGAUGUAACAGACACUGCUCCAGUCCCAUGCUCUUUUGUUGGUGUGUGCUCAGGUGGGUUUAUAAUAGGUAUCAGGUGUAUCAUGCAGGAGAAUUUUUUUACUUCGACGUGGGUGGUUGCUAUUUGUAACCAGUUAAGUUUGCCGCCUAAUUGGCAUAAAAUCUAAGCAAUUAGUUAUGGGUAGCAAAUGAAAAGGGCGAAACGUUAAACUAUCGUUAAACAACAACAUUGUAAGUCAGAGGAAUUAGCCGGCGUGAAUUGUUUACCAAGAUAGCAAAAACUGGUGUGGUGUUGCCUUGACUGAAAUCUUGGAAGAACGUGUACAAUAUUGUUGUUUGAAUGAGAUCAAUAGUGUUAUUGCAAUCCCUUUGUGGCUUAGCAUCUUGUGUUGGAAUUCUCAACCAUUUAGACACAUCCAGUGACCAGCUUCUUGAUAGCGAUUUCUACACAAAACCAGGCUUAUACCUUGGGGUAUGCAAAUGUAGGGUUUUCAUUCCAAAUUUGUCUUAACAUUUUAUAUUUAUUCCAAUAUAACAAUGUCUUUUUAUCUACUCCUACCAUGUCGGUAGGUCCACUGUACAACCGCAUGCACUUUCUUCAUCAAUAGCAUGAAUGACAUUGUCUUCUGUAGUCUCUUGCAUUCUCAUACAAUACUGGCAUCCUUACUCUCACGAGGUCCGAAGCUUAUGACAUCAGACCAGUUGUAAGCAACAUCUUUCCUAUGUUAUUACUUGGCAAAGGAAAUGGGCACAUAUUUUAGCCACAAGACUUGCUGGAAAUUUGUGAAUUUUGUAUAAAACAGUCUUCAAUUACAUUUUAUCUUCUCCAACGUUUUGAUCUAUCAUUUGUUCACACUGUAUAAAUCUCGUGUAGCAUAAAACGUCUGAUCAUAGCGAGAAGUUAUGUGAUUGUGCCCCCAAAGCUUAUAAAGUGCUUGAAUAAACAAAAUGAAGUGGACUAAUUG